GAUUGGCUGUAGACGCUAAGCCAACAGGGCCAACAUUCGUUUCAAGAAUUUGGAUUUAUAAUUAUUUUUUAUUGAAAAAAAACCCCUCAUGUUUGGAUGAAUAUUUAGGAUUGUGUUUUAAAAUGCAGUGGAAAAUAAUGAAAUUUUCAAUAGGACUCAUUGUUUGUUUUGCGUGGUUUGCACCGUUUGUGUCGGGGAACGGAUUUCUCAAGUCCCCCACCAGUCGUUCGUCGGUGUGGCGAUAUUUUGGGGAAGCACCAUGGGGGAACACACUGACACAGAACACGGAGGAUAUGGCGCUGAAUUGUGGGGGCACUUACACUGAUGGAGAUUUGACGGGAAAAUGCGGUCGAUGUGGCGAUUACAUCGGGGGAACAAAACCAAAUGAAUCCCCCAACGGAAAGUACUCCUCCAAAAGGUCCACUUACAUCUACCGAGAGGGCGCUGUGGUUAACGUCACUGUCCAAGUCACCGCACGUGCUAAUGGCGGCUUCUUCAAAUUCAAAAUGUGUAAAACAGACGCUAGUACCGAAGCGUCACAGGCCUGUUUUGAUCAGAAUCCGUUGAAACUCGUCAAUACCGCCGACCAGACUAUAAUCCAGAUCCCGGAUAUUGAUGGCGACGUCGUUGUUCCUCUGCAGUUGCCAGCAGGACUGACAUGCGAUCACUGCGUCAUGCAGUGGACAUGGGUUACCGCGAGAGACUGGAGGUGUGCUAGUUUGAAUGGUCAGUUGGUUUGUGGUAUGGGAUAUGGAAUGCAACCUACCUUUGUGAACUGUGCUGAUUUUACCAUUCUUGCCCAGGGAGCACCUAUCCCUGCAGACUUUCACUGGCCGGAUUAUAACUCCGUCUACGCCACAAUCCAUGGUGGGCAUACCGGAUCUGGAACAACUCCAGCGCCAGCAGUAACAACACCCGGCCCUGUUGUGACCGUUCCUACCACCACUGCAGCACCCGUCACUACCACCCCUUUCCCGAUCAUCACCAACCCACCAGUCACAACCCCCGCUUCCAUCCCUAGCACAACUGGUCUUCCAACCACCACUGACAAACUCAUCAUCGUCACACCAACACCUAUAGGCACAACAACGAACACUCCAAUACCGCCCGGCUCUCAAACCACAACACCGCCUCUACCACAGUCCACAGAGAAACUGAUUCCCGGCCCUAUAAUUCCACCUCUUGUCCCAAUCGCGCCAGUGGCGCCGGUUAUCGGGGGUACCAGCGCAGGCAUUUUAGGUGGUUUAUCCUUUGGAAGUCUACUGGCACCCCUGGGUCUUGGUCUCGGUGGGUUAAUGCUUAUGAUGGGAAUGAAUGGAAGGCAAGAUGGAGGCAAUGUGGAGUAUAUUGAUAUGCCACAGAUGCCGAUGAUUUCUCAGCCAAUGCAACCGAUGCUUUCUCCACCAUAUGCCCCAUCAUUUGGAUACACUAUGCUUCCUGCUCCUAUCGUUGUCCCUAUCAUAGAAGAACCCGUUCCAGUCAAGAAAAGAUACGGAAAGUCAUACGGUCAAAGUGGAAGCGGUUAUGGACAUAGGACAGGUUAUGGAAACGGAUACGGAAACAGAAGAACAAAUGACCGUGCACGUUUUGUAAACCCCGGGUACGGUUACAAUCAAGUACAAUAUCAACGCACGUACAAACCAACGUCAUACGGCAGCAGCCGCCCAAACCGCGGAGAUGAACAAUUCUUCCAGCUUCCAACCAAUCACGCCUUCACCAGAAUAAUGUACGACGAGGAACCAGAGGUCAAUAAAGUCAAAACAAAAGAAACUAUACAACAACAGCCACAUAAAAUCGACAUAUCGGCAUAUAGUAAGAAAUGUCCAAUCUCUCAGCAGACUUGCAGUCCAAGAUACGGAGCAAAUGAACCCACAGUCUAUGGGGCUGUUGAUAUAGUCAGUAUGAUAUGCGAGUUGCACUGCUCUGCACGGAAACCCAACUGUCCAGAAGAGAUGUGCUCUUGCACGUGCAAUGAAGAGCCAGCAGACGACAUAAGUUUACAAGCAAGGAUAUCUGCAGCAAGUCUUUUUGGGAAGUAAUUAUCAUCAAAGACUAUCAAAGUAUAUUAUAAAAUGAUGUAGAAUUGACUUUUGAGAAACAAGACAAUUCUAUCUGUCAUGUGCACCGUGUUUAAGAAAUGGCGUGGUGUCUACAAUAUAAACGAAUAUCUGCGUAAAAUCAUGUAACAUUUCUUGCCAAGAUAUCACAUGAAUUGGCAAUAAAGAUUUUAUUUUGAAAAGAUAAGUGUUGCUACAACAAUGACAAGAGCGUAAAAAUAAUGGAAAUGACUGUUGAUUAUCAGAGUGAAAUGUUAAUUGUAUAGUGUAUAAUUUGUUAUAAAACGAUUGCGGAAUGACUGUAGUGGUAGAUGUGAAGCCCAUACAGCGAGUGCCAAAUACCUGGUGAUUGGGUUCUAUACUGUACUUAUAUUUUGUCGUGGUUCAUUGCUGUAAGAGCUAUAAAGGAAAAAAGCAGUGACGUAGGUGAAUUGAUAUGUAAUCGUUUUUAGUGUAUCGUAACGGGGGGAAAAAUUAUUGAUCAGAAUUUGCACCCAAUGUAUUUUCAAUGUGUUACAAACAAUGUCAUUCAAAUAAAUCGUUUUACUGUUAA